UUUUCUUUGUGCGACAAAUCCCAAUAAGUCGCGCGUUGACCCUUACGAAAGUAUUCGAGUACAGCAUUAAUAAUUCAAGACAAGAUGCAUGGCAUGUCAUUUCAUGGCGGCUUCACGGAAACCAUUUUAUUUGACGCCUGGCGCAUAAAUAACGCGGUAGGACUGAUCGGUUCGAUGAUCGGCAUCAUUCUCCUGACCGCAUUGUACGAGGGAUUGAAGUCGUAUCGCGAGUAUCUGUUCGCGCGCGCGACGUUCAUAAGGAAGAACCGGCAAAAGAAAUCGAGAAAUCAAUUGUUGUUCUCUGGAGUGCAUUUUUACCAAACGCUCUUGCACGUGAUCCAGAUAGUUUUCGGCUAUUUUCUUAUGUUUAUUUUCAUGUCAUAUAAUUAUUGGCUCUGCAUCGCUAUUGGAGUCGGAACAGGUCUCGGAUACUGGUUGUUCGCGUGGGAAAAAACUAACAACAAUUACACGGAUUGUUGUUCGUAAAAAUAUAUUUGUAAAUAAUCUAAAGUUUUAAUAUUUUAGUAACAAGCAUCGUAAUUAAGAUAUAUAU